AUAUUUAUUUUGAAAAACGUAAUUUAACAGGAAGCACAGUUAAAUACAACUCGUCUACUGAUGUCCUCUUGCAAGUUUCUGAAUACGAUGAUUUCGACUACUGACUGAAUUGUUAAAAACAAUCUGGAUGUAGUUUUGCAAACUUUUGAAAACAAUCAUGGCGAAAAAAAAUUGGACUCAUUGGUCGGAUAUUUUAAAAAGGAGGCUAGCAAACGCAAAUCGAGAUGAAAGGAGCCAAGAAGAAAAGAAAUCUGAAGAAAUGGAUCUGUUCACCAAAUAUUAUUCUGAAUGGAAGGGCGGAAGUGACAAAAACAAAUCCUACAAGAACAUUCCUCGAUUCUACUUUAGGCUACCAGCUGAGGAUGAAGUUUUACUCCAGAAACUGAGAGAAGAAUCUAGAGCGGUCUUCCUGCAGAGGAAGAGCAGAGAACCGUUGGACCAUGAGGAACUCCAGAAUUUGUGGUUUCUGCUUGAGAAGCACCAAGUGCCUCCAGUGAAUAGUGAAGAGGCCAUGAUCAGUUACGAAGCCUAUCUGGAGGUGGGCGACCUGGCUGGGCCCAAGUGCAAGUAAGUUCAAGGAAACAGUAGUU